UCAGUACGAGCUCGCGGCCUUUAGAUCUUUUUGUCUGAGAACUGGAUCCCGCUGCCGCUCUACAGUGUGUGCGAUUGCUCGGAGCCGCGUCCGUAACACACUGUCAAACCACUCCAAACCAAUACAAUUGCUACCAAAUUUAUUCGCAUUACAUCCUUUACUAUGGCGAUUUUGGAUUCCCGUUAGAAUUGGUCGUAUUUCUCAAUGAUCGUUAGAACUUAGUGUGGGGAGAAUUGGCUUGGUUUCUGUGUGCAUCGGUCUUUAUUAGCGAGCUGGCGCUCUUGCCAUUAGAUAUUUCUUUAACUUUUUAAACACUCAGCUUCGCGAAUGACUGAGCGCCGGCGGAGUAUGGGAUCCUUGGUGUCUUAGGAAGCAACCGAGUGGGGUUUUAACCGUUUUACAUGCAAAAACAAUGGCAAAUUCGACGGGAAAAAAUCUACCAGAUCAGCGGAGGAAAGGGCUGGCGUUCCUGGAUGAGCUGCGGCAAUUUCACCAAAGCAGAGGAUCACCGUUUAAAAAGGUCCCUAUCGUGGGUGGAAAAGAGCUGGACCUCAAUGCUCUUUAUAUCAGAGUCGUUUCUUUAGGUGGAUUUGCUAAGGUUUCUGACAAGAAUCUGUGGUCUGAACUUGGAGAAGACUUCAACUUUCCAAGGAGUUGUUCCAAUGCAGCAUUUGCUUUAAAACAAUACUACCUUAGAUAUUUAGAGAAGUAUGAAAAGGUCCAUCACUUUGGUGAGGAUGAUGAAGAGGUGCAGCCAGGAAAUCCUAAACCAUCUCUUCCAAUUGGUGCAAUUCCUUGCUCCUAUAACUACCAGCAACACACUGUAUCAGACUAUCUCCGCCAAAGCUAUGGACUGUCCACAGAGUUUGCACCAACAUGUGACUACAACAAACUGGUGCUCUCUCUCCUGUCUGGACUGCCCAAUGAAGUGGACUUUGCGGUCAAUGUUUGCACUCUCCUCUCCAAUGAGAGCAAGCAUGCCAUGCAACUGGAGAAAGAUCCCAAACUCAUCACAUUGUUGCUGGCACAUGCAGGGGUUUUUGAUGAUUCAUUAGGUACUUUCUCAGCUGUAUUUGGGAUGGACUGGAAGGAGAAAACUACACGUGACUUUGUGAAGUUUUGGAAGGAUGUUGUGGAGGAUGCUGAAGUCAGGGACCUCAUUUGGGACAAGGGCAGUCCUGGACAGGAUGGCAUGUUAUGGGACGAACGUUGCAAUGCUCUCUUCCAUCCUCUUCGUGACCUUGGCAUCAGUGACAUGGAGGGGCAGCGCGUCUUGCAGGUGGCAGUCAUCCUACGGAACCUCUCAUUUGAGGAGGCAAAUGUCAAAUUGUUGGCAAUUAACCGCACCUGCCUGCGCUUCCUCCUGCUUUGUGCCCACUGCAACUUCAUCUCCCUUCGACAGUUGGGAUUGGACACUCUGGGUAACAUGGCAGGAGAGCUCCAAUUAGAUCCAGUUGAUUUUCGGACUACCCACAUAAUGUUUCACACCAUCACCAAAUGCUUGAUGUCCAGGGACAGGUUUCUCAAAAUGAGGGCCAUGGAGAUCUUGGGCAACCUGAGCAAGGUUGAGGAUAAUGGCAUGCUGAUCUGCGAGUAUGUGGACCAUGACUCUUACAAGGAGGUGAUUGGCCUGCUCUCCCUGCCAGACCUCAUGCUCCUCAUGGCUUCCCUGGAGGUACUCUACCUACUGGCGGAGCUGGGAGAAAUCCCCUGCAGCAAGAUUGCUUCUGUGGAUAGGAGCGUAGACCUUCUGGUGCGAUUAGUAUCAGUAGACCUGCACACAUUUGGACCUGAUGCUCUGACGGCAGUGAGGAUAAUGGAGCACCAGAGUGCUGGCAGCAGCCAGACGGCAGAGGUGCGGCCACAGCUGGUGGAGCAGGUGCCUGCACCAAUGCAGGGGGCUCCCAUGCCUGCAGCAAGAGUUCCUGUUCAGUCCACUCCACCCGGUAUUAUGGAACUUGAUGGAGAGAAGUUUACAAUACAAUGGAUGAAUGCACACUUUGAGGCCAACCCUGACAGCUUUGUGUCUCGAUCAGACAUGUACUCUGAGUACUUGGCCAUCUGUAAUAAGAUGGGACGUGGUGGUAUCCUGACUUCUUCUAGCUUCCUCAAAUGUCUACGGACCAUCUUCCCAAACCACACAGUAAAGAGGCAAGAUGACCCUAAGCCAAACUCACCGGUCCACAUACUGGUCAUGGGGGUGAGGCGGCGGGCAAUCCCACUGCCCAUCCAGUUGUAUUACCAGCAGCAACCCAAUAAUGCACCACCACUGGGACAUCGACAUGAGGGCCCCGUCGAACAGCCCCCCUCAGGCUUACCUCCUGGACUCCAGUUUGCACAGCACCCUAUCCCCAGCCUUAAUGCCAGUGGGGCUUCUCCACAGGUGGCCUCUCCCACUCCAGAAGUACCACACAUGGCUCAGACAACUGUUCCCAGGCUCCCACAGCAGCAGCUACAUCACAACUCUCUCAUCAUGGUCCAGCAGCAGGCCCGCUCUGGGGAUAUCCUUAAAUCAGCAAUGAUGCAAAGUUCUAUCCCAUCUUCACCUGUCAUUCAGAACCACUUCCCCUCUCCGCAACAGCAGCAGCCGCAUUUAGGCCACCAAUCCGGCCCCGUCCUCCCUCCUGGUACCCCGGUGACGCUGAUUCAGCAAGUACCACAGGGCCACAUCCUCUCAGCGAGGGUGCAGGGCUCAUGUCCUCCCAUGGCCCAGCGCCCACCUGCACCUCAUACACCUCCCCUGACAGUUCAAUCAGGACUUCAGCAGGACACAACUGGACACUCGGCAACUCCUCACUAUGGCCCAGGUGUGUCAGUUCCCUCUUCGACGCUACAGAACUUCCAGAUGGGAGGAGGUCAGGUGUUUACCAUUGCAGGUGUACCCAAUACCCAGGGUUCCCGGGUCACUUUUCAAAAUAUUGCACCCAAACCAGCUCCAUCACAGGAUGGUGGAUCCAUGUCUACAACAGCCACUCCUGGCCAGCCCCAACAGUCCAGUGUUGUCAUAAUUAGCCCCAAUGCGCAACACAGCCCGACAUACAACCCAGCCAUCCACCAGAUCGUGCUUGGAAAUCCCUCUGUCAUGCCUGGUGCCCAGACUAUCCAGCUAGCAGGGCAGCCCGGAACUAGUUCCAACCCUUCAUCCUGCCCUCCCACACCCAUCGCCCAGGUCCAGAGUCAUCUUCCUCUCAGCCAGAUGCCAUCAGUCAAACAUCAGCAGCAGAUCCACCCUCAACCCCUUCCUCUGUCUCCUCAGCCACCUCCUGCCCAACCUACCUCCACUGAGUCCAGUUUGAUCAAACAGUUACUGCUUCCAAAGCGAGGGCCCUCCACACCGGGAGGGAAGCUUAUUCUCCCCGCACCGCAAGUACCCCCUCCCACCAGCACUCGAGCAUCAAGUUCCCAGGUGCUGUACCAGCAACCUCAGCAGCUCAAUGUUCAAUUGGUGCCUGGCUCGAUCCAGGCCCAGGGUGCCCUCCAGACAGUCCAGCUUCUACCAGGACAACUCCUCUCUACCAGCAGUUCGGCCACAAUCAUCCAGGCUCCAGCACCUGGGGGCCAGGUCACUUUUACUGUGGUGCCCAACACGAGCUUCACCACCUCUGCGGCAGCCGCCACGGUCAGCCAGGGUGCUGUCACUCCAGGCAUGCUUCUACCGCACCAAACAGGGAGUGUAACAGGGGGACCACCACCACCCCUCAGGGGUGACAAGAUCAUAUGCCAGAAAGAGGAGGAGGCCAAAGACGCCACAGGCCUGCACAUCCAUGAGCGCAAAAUUGAAGUGAUGGAGAAUUCAUCACUGGCAGAAGGGGGAGCUCCAGCUGGAAAAACGAGCAACGGGGACCUGGCAGGGACCAAGCUGCUAAAUGGAAGGAAGUGUGUAGAUUCUAGUUUACCUCCAUACUACUCAGGGAACAGCCAGGGGGUGGUUAACGGGCCAGCUAGCGAGGUCUUCCCCACCAAUGGGAGGCAGCAGGACUUACAGGAGGGACAUACUGACCCAAAAAAGACUCUUGUCAAUGGGGUUUGUGACCUUGAUCGCGGGGACACCUCUAAUGCUGGCACCCACUUUAACAGAAUCAUUCCAAAUCGCAUCGCUUCCAAACACUUCGGAAAUGGGGAGGUGCCCUCUCCCCAGACGCUGCAGGAUACUGUCCAGCAGCCCCCACCUCCACAGCAGGACACUGCCAAAGCUGAGCCAGUAGAACGCCUGGCAAAUGGGCCCCAAAUGGUGUGCAACAAAAGUUCAGUUGAACUGUCCAAUGGGCCAUUGGGGCUCAACUCCGCUGCUGUGCCCAUGCUAAGGCAACAGCUGGUUCCCAAUGCUGCACCUACCAACAUCACUGUCAACUCUCAUAAUCCUGCUGGGCUACGGACUGUGCCGGCUAAUGGAGGCAGUGGUGAAGGACGGGCACCUAAGAGGCCGGCAGAGGAUGAUGACCGGGGCAAUACAACCUCAGGUAUCCCCAGCAAGGUGGGGGUACGUAUUAUUACCAUCAGUGACCCAAACAAUGCCGGAAGCAGCUCCACCAUGGUUGCUGUGCCUGCUGGAGCAGACCCAAGCACAGUAGCCAAAGUAGCAUUAGAGAGCGCCACACAUCAGAGAAACUGCUCUCCGCCACAGGCAGCCAGCACCAUGCCUGGCAUGACGCCAUCUUCACCCCCUGCUAUACAGCAGACUGAUCAGGCAGGCAGCCCCAGAUUGAACUCCUCUAUAUUGCCACGACACGCCUCACCAGGUCCCUCAGAGCAGAUCAGAAAAACAGGACAAAACUUCAAGUGUCUGUGGCAAUCAUGUAAACGGUGGUUUGAGACUCCAUCACAAGUUUUCUACCAUGCAGCUACCCAGCAUGGCGGUAAGGACAUGUAUGGUGGCCAGUGCCUAUGGGAAGGAUGUGAACCCUUUCCACGGCAAAGACUGUCUUUCAUAACCCACUUGCAGGAUAAGCACUGUUCUCGGGAUGCCUUGUUAGCAGCAAUGAAAAUGGAGGAACAGAAACAGGGCAUCAAUCAGACAACUUCCAAGCCUCAGUCAGUAGCAUGCAGCACUCCAACACCGCGAGCUCAGAAAGCUAUAGUCAAUCAUCCGAGUGCAGCUCUUAUGGCCCUGCGCAGGGGUUCUCGAAACCUGGUGUUCAGAGACUUCACUGAUGAAAAAGAGGGACCAAUGACAAAACACAUAAGACUAACUGCUGCCUUAACUCUGAAGAACAUCGCAAAGUAUUCAGAUUGUGGUCGGAAGUUAGUAAAGAGGCAUGAGAAUCACCUCUCUGUGCUGGCACUCAGUAACAUGGAGGUCUCCACCACGCUCGCCAAAUGCCUUUACGAACUGACGCGCUCGCUGCAGGCUUGAGGCUAAAGGGACAACUCCUCAACCCAUCAUCAGAGAAGAGGGAAAAUGCUCACCGCAAAAUGAGCACACGCUAGGGCAGCAGCUCUCUACUGGAACUAAACCGGUCUGCUACACCUCCCUAACACCCACCUUGUGUGCGUGAAUCCUAUUCUGCCCCACUCCACACAACAAACUGCCAUGGGGUCUUCCACCAGCCUCCCAAAAGGGGGAGCUUUAUAGACAGCUGCCAUGAGGGACUACAAAAAAAACUAAAUGCGAGCACAUUUUUUUGUAAACCUGGGACUGUUUGCAAGGAAUUGGUGUGAGUUGGCAGAAAGAUAUGGAUUUAUGGGGAGUUGGGUGACAGAAGGAGAUGGGUCACAAAUUGGAGGAGCAUCAGCAGGUGACUGGCGCUGUUGUUUUUGUUUAGAACUUGGUAGCUUGGUUUUUCUUACUUGAGUCGAUAUAUUUUCACUUAUUUAUUAUUGAAAUGAAUACCCUUACAAUUAAUGAACAGAAUUGUGUAAAUAUUUGUGAAUAUAUAUAAAGAAAAUCCUCUUUCAAGCCGAUACAGCCACUGGAGAACUUGCUCUGUGGAGUAAUAGAAGCAUUACUUUGGUAGAAUUUAACAGUAUGGUUUUUCUUUGUUUGCUUUUUUAUGAUCCCUGGUUACUUGUAUCUAAUGUGAUUCUAUACUCAGCAGUGAAUGAAUGUACUUAAAACCUGUAAAUACUUCUGCAAAGGUACUGAUGCUGUAAAGUGUAUGGAAGGGUAAAGCAGUUUUUUGUGGAACUGUGACUUUUUUUGUAUAAAAAUACCUUGUAGAACUCAUUUUGCUGGCUGAAAGAGUAUGGAAUAAUAUAUCUGUUCAUUUUGUAAAAGAAAUAUUGAAGGUAUUCCUACACACACACACACACACACACACACAAAACCUAACAUGUAUCCACUGUAAACGUUUGUCAUGUACGAGCACAGUGCGCGUACCAAAUUUUUUUGUAUUUGUAAAUUGGUUUAAAUACAUGGAGUUUUAUACAGGUUUUCUCCUGUGUUCUUUUCUUUAUGUGCAGGUAUAAUAUUUUCUUCACUACUUUUUUCUAUCUUAAUAUAGUGUGGAGUUUUAUUGUACUAUUUUUUCAUUCUUAAUACCAUGUCACAUUCCGGCUCACGUCUUCAGACUGUCCUCUCUACGAUGUAUUGUGUAACAUUUAUGACUGCCUGUUGUGUUAGCAUCCGAGCGGGGAAACCCACCCAUCCUCAUUUCUGCGGUGUCAGUAGGAUGUGCGAUAUACAUAGACAUAACAAUCUGUUAGAGAUUGGCUUUAUUUACUUUGGUGACUGUUUAUAGUUUUUAAAUAAAAAAAAAUUGAAUAUUU